AUGGCCAGUUUCGAUGGCAAAAUUGAAGAAUUCUUUAACGCAGCUGACCUUGAAGGCAACGGCUACCUGACUCGCCUUGAACUGUGCAAGGUUCUUCAACAGGCUGGGGACAGUCGCAGCGUGGACGACAUCUCUGGCUGGUUCAGCGAAAUUGAUAAGAACGACGAUGAAAGGAUGACUUUGCCAGAACUAAAGAAGGCCUUGUCCUUGAGAGAUCCCAAAGACGUUAAGGAAUGUGAGCUUCGCGCUGUCUUCAAACAGCUGGACAAGGACAACUGCGGCAGCAUCUCCAUUGAGGAGCUGAAACAAGUGCUGGCCGAACAAGGGCUGGCUGGGGACGCAGAAGCCAUCAUUGACCAAGUGGACAAGGACGACAAUGGAAAAGUCAGCUUCGAGGAAUUUCUCCGAAUGUGGAAGACCAGUUGCUAG